AUGACAGAACCAGAUACAAAAUUGAGCUUGAAGCUAUUGGUCGACAAGAAAGCAAACAAAGUUCUUUUUGCAGAAGCUGGAAAAGAUUUCGUGGAUUUUCUGUUCAACCUCCUUUCUCUGCCCGUGGGUGCUGUGAUUAGGCUUAUAACAAAUUCAGCCAUGGUUGGCUGCGUCGGAAAUCUUUAUCAGAGCAUUGAAAGCCUCAAUCAAACUUACGUGCAGCCUGAUCAAAAUAAGGAUUUACUUUUGAAGCCCCGUGUACCAAACCAUGUUGCUAAUGUGCCUCUCUUGCUGCCUGAUACUAAUCCGGCCGAGAGAAAGUUGUACAAUUGUAUUAACGCACACCGUUGUGUCACAGAUCGUAAGGACACCAUUUGUGCUCAGUGCAGAAAUCCAAUGUGUCAUGAUGUGCAGUUUGUUGGUAAGAAUAGUUUUACUGCUGGUUCAGCUAGUGAGGGGGGAUAUGUGAAGGGAUUGGUUACGUACAUGGUGACCGAUGAUUUAUCUGUGUCACCAAUGUCAAUGAUAUCUGGUGUUGCUCUGCUAAACAAGUUCAGUGUUAAGGAUUUUGGUGCACUUGAGGAAAGGAUGGCUGAGUUUGGGAUUAAUGAGGGUCUGGAAUUGUUGAAGGCUUCUCUGCAGUCAAAGGCAGCUCUUACUACAGUCUUCCUUUCAAAGCAGGAUGUCAAGGUGGAUGCAGCGUCGGAUUGA